UCCCAACGGCCCAAGCCGGCCUGGUCGCUACGGAAAUCAUCAUUCUUUAUUCAUCAUAGCUGUUCCCGUAGCGUCUUCACAGUCUGUACCUGGUGCGGUGUGUGUUUGGUAAAGACGCAGUUGUUACCGUUCAUCUGCGAAGAAGAGGUACAGCUCUAUUGUGUUUGAUAGCAGUUUUGUACACUGUAGUCUCCUGGGCAGCAUAUCCUUGUCCCAGAACCAGAGAAAGUAGACCUGUUCAGUAUCAUCCACUAGUACAUGUACUGGAGAAAUCACUGUCGGUUCGUGUGUCCGUCGGUGACUAACGAAGUCUGGACGACCACGUAACAUCGUUGUUUUCUCUCGAGUCAGCGUAAUGGGUUGAUGAUAAGCCACUAGUGCGACUUGUGCUGGAAAUACGAAGCUGCACUGUAUCUGCGGCUAUCCGCGGUGUUCACGGCAAGAACGAUGCCGUUUGACUUCUGGGAUGAUGUUGUGCUGCCAGGAUGGCAUGACAUAGCUCAAUGCAAGAUUGCGCAUCAAUCAGUCAAGAAUGGAGUCAUGGCAACUGAUGAACAUCAUCCACGUAUCAGCAGAGAUCCCAUUCUGAAGAGACAUGUGUUGGGUUCGAAGGACGACUACGCCAUCGCUAAUAGUAGUUCAGAAGAGGACAGGUUGGCCAGCUAUGUUGCCUGGUUGAUUACCUACAAGAGAGGACCAUCAGGUGUCCAGAACUUCAUUCAAGCCAUCCAGUCUUCACCUUUCCCGUCCAAUGGUGUUGUUGGUGGAGUGCUGGAGAGAAUUUGGAAAGCUCGUAAGAAUGAUCAUCCUGAUGAAGAUGUCAAGGAUCCAUAUUUCAUCACAAGGGUUGUCAAGAGCAACCUACCACAGAUCAUCGCCAAACUAGCGACUGUACCAGAUAUAGUGCUCACUGAAGUAUUUGGAUAUGCCGACGUGGAUGAAGAGCGUAUCAGCACUUAUCGAACGGCAUGUGAGGUGGCCGGUCAUGUACGUGAUCUUCCACUUUGCUGUCAAUCAGCAAUUGGGGGGUGUUUACUGUACCCAGUGGGCAGCUUUGUGCUUCUCUUUUAUGAGUUGCACCGUCCUGAGCUCACUCAACGACUGGAUAAAGAUUUCCGGAUCAAGAUCGACCAUGAGGCAGGAUGUGAUGGGAGUAGUCUUGUCCAACUGUUGACUUUGGCUAUUGAUUCACAGAGAGAGGCAGGUACCGCAAUGUCAAUGAUGAAUGAUGAAGGUGUGAUUGCAGUGAGAGAAGGACCAGGAGAUGCAGUUGAAGGUCAGUACUGUCCUUGUAGUGGUCCUCCAUUAAUGCACGGCCCUAUUUUAGGGGAAUGCAUACUCAAAGUUUGUCAGCCCGAGCCUUACGCUCGCAUUCCAGCGCAAGCUUUACAGCGUCCUGUACAUUAGGACUGCCUUUCUCAGCGCGGCGAAAACUGAGCGUCCAUAGAGUUAACGAGGAAAUUCUCAGCCUGACAAUAAAUCCCACUGAAAAUUUGAGCGCUGUGGAAAUCAGUGCCCACAAAGUCAGUACAAAAUACACCAGUGGUAGAGAAAGGCGCGCGGUUAAAGGGGAA